AAAACAAAAGGAUAAAUAUGCUCGUUAUAAUAUCUAUUAAAGGACAUUUAAAUAUUCCUUUGGUAGCCGUCAAUAUAAAAAUCAAUUAACAAUGUUUAAUAUCAUUUGAAAGACAUACUCAUCUCAUUGAGCUUCUCCUUGACGCUGAAGCAUAAUCGAUGUCCCUUGUCGCUGAGUUCUUUUAAAAUUUGUUUACCUUCUUCUAAUUCUGGCUGUUUUGAAAGAUUAAAUUCUGCCAACGAUCUGUUGCUAGCCAUAAGUACUUCUUUCUCGGUUUCAAGCUCUUUAAACUAAUUGCGAUGAAAUAUUUUUUUAAGUCGGUUGGUAACUACUACAUUGAAACGUAACGCGUAUGAUAAACAUCCGAAACAUUUUUAUACCUGCUUAAUGUCCUUUACGAUGUCUUCGAACUUGCUAUCGUCGUUCAAUAUGUCCUUUAAUUCUUCAUUACUUAAAAGUGUCAGCAAGCCCAAUGCCGCGGGUAUAUCCGGUUCCUGACUCGAUUUAUACAUAUUGCGAUAUUUGUCCUUUUCCAAUGAUCAAUCUAUGGGAGACGAGUGGUUACCAUCUAGAUAUAUAUAUAUAUAUACAUACAUACAUAUAUAUAAAAAAGAAGUUUCUUCUAUCGUAAAUAAGAUGUCUUAUUCUAUGCGCCCAGAUUCACCAAGAGUGUUAAUCUUGCUUACUCCUUUGUCACACAGCUAUGACGCAGAGUUCUGCGCAAUCGUUAGGCAAUUGUCAGUGUUUCUAUGUGUCGAUGACUUUUGUCGUUGAGGACUAAUGGCGACGCGACUGAAAUAUCGUGUCGUCGGUCGAUAAAAGAAAAGUCGAUCUUUCAUAGUCGAUAUGCAUUUACGUGUCGACGAACCGAAGGAGAACUGUUGUACGGCGUUGAAGGAAUAAAUAAAUCGCGGUCGCUUGAAAAGUCGCUUGAAAGAUCAUAAUUUUUCGAGAUGUACCGUUAAUAAUUAUUUCAUACAUCGAGUUUGAGAAUUGAUAUUUAAAGGAAUACACGUAUAUCAUAGAUUUUACCGAGUUUUCUUUUUACCGAAAAAAUAAUACUAUGAGAUAUUAUUUAAAUAGGUCCUUUUUCUUUUUAUCGUCCAGCGCUGAAAUGGCAUGAAAUUUGAAAAUAUCGCUUCUGCGUAAGAACAAGAACGCAGAAGGAACUUUUCCGUUUUCGUUUCGAGCCCAUCAUGACAACAUUGAACUGCCGUUGUUCUCUGUCUCAGCUACGAUAUAACCUCAAAGUGAUGAUCUACGACAAUCUGAAAUGAAGAAAAGUGUAAGAGGAUUUAAUAACGUUUAAUAACGUUGAAAAUGUAAUUGUAAGGAUCACCGGUUAAUCGCAUUAAAAUUCUUUAACGUACGAAAGAUGUGCCAUAUAAGAUGCCAUCGACGAAAGACAAGUGGGUCAGACGUUUCGUUAUACCCGAAACUACGCGACACAGAAAAGGUUUUACCAUUUACAAAGUCACAUCCGUGAUAUAUUUAAAGGCAUCCAGAGAGGAAGUAUCGAAGGUAUCCGUUUGGAAGCGUUACAAUGACUUUAAGAAGCUCCAUUCGGCGUUAUACGCCUUGCAUGCGCACUUUCAGAUCAAAGAUCCUUUUCCACCAUUUACAAAAUCCAAAUUCUUCGGUAGAUUCGAGGUCGAGGUCGUUCAAGAGAGAAAGAACAGCGCGUUGAAGUUCUUAGAUUUCAUUGGGAAACAUCGGUGCUUAUAUACCAGCGACAUUUUCAUUAAAUUUUUUGAAAAGAGUAGUCUUAACGACAGCGAUACGAUAAACGGUCGUUCGCAGUCCGUCGGUUCUGAUACAUCCGAGGACGAUCAUAAUAUUGCCGGGCUAAACGACGCCGGCUUAACGAACAACAUUGAGAUAACAGAAAGCGCCCGUCUUUCGUUGGGUAAUAUCAUUGAUCAUAACGAGGAAGAAUCAAGAUCUUUCGGCGUAGAAGAGAGUCCAUUUGAAAUAGCGGGCCCGUUGAAAGAGGAGGAGGAGGAGGAGGAGGAGGAGGAGGAGGAGGAGGGGGAAUGUUGUUGCGUUGCCGCUAAGGGGGGCAAUAACGGUUUCGUUAUAAGCGAAUAUAAGUCGGAUGGCCUGAAACUGGAUGAUCGUCGUUAUAAUAAUAGGCAUGAGAAUGAUAAAAGGUACGAGUUGAAAAAGGCCAAAAUGUUAAAAAUAAAGAAUCCCAAGGCCAUACAAGAUUGUACGGAUCUUGCACGUACGUGCAAGGACGUUACUCAUUAUAUAGUAGUAGCUGCCGCGUAUAUAAGCGCGGCGUUCAAGCACGAAGCCAUUGCGGAAUAUGAAGAGGCAUUUGCCCAAUACAAAAUGGGAAUAUCAACGUUGUUGUUAGGCGUUGAAACCGAUCCGGACGAUGGGAGGAAAAUAAUAAUCAAAGAGAAGGUAUCGAAAUAUUUGGAUAGGGCCGAGAAAUUGUACAAUAGAUACUUAAAUUGGAAUAUUUCGCUUCUUAAUAAGCCCACGACGGAUCUUAAAAAUUACAAAGUAUUGAAUAUAAUAGAUUCCUUAAUGCUCGUUAAAGAUUUGCACACUAAUGACGUUAGAAUAGUGAAGAGUAUCGAAAAGCCAUUAUCCAAUAAGGAAAAUCCAAUAAGCGAUUAUAUAUUGCGGGGCCAAAUACCAUUUAUGGUACGUUUGCACGCUUAUAUCGAAACGGAAGCAACGGUAUUUCUUAUAUUGGAAUACGUUAAGCGCGGUAGAUUGUGGGAUUUUAUAAUUAAAAAUUACAAAUCGCAGAACGACAAGUUAAAAAACGAUGAUGAUUAUCGUUCGGAAAGAAUACGGCUCGGUAUUAGGGAUGAAUGCCAAAAUACUUUUGAAGGAAUAUCUAAUGACGAGAAUGAGAGGAAAUUAAUAACGGAACGUAUUUGCCGUUACGACGUUGAAGAAUCGACCAGCAGGAUGAAGCUCGUUACGUCGAAGGAAGACAAUGCGCAAUGCCAGAUAUAUUAUAACGUUGACGAAAUCUGUGGCAGUGACGUGCCUACGACCCAAUUGUUAGAAAAAGCCCAAAAAUUGUUACAAUCCGUUAAUGCCACUUUAAGGAGAAGUAAUUUCGUCGUUAAUCGAUCAAACGGGCCAAAAGAAGAAUUCAUUUGUUCGCGAAAGAACGUUAGUCGUGGAUUAAAGAUGUCCAACGAGGCCGGUUCUCAAUUUAAAGGAUCAUCAUCGAGCGUGGAUAAUAAUAAUUUGAGGAGAUUUUUAACCGAUAAUUUGGAUUAUAGUUUUGCCAACGCGCAAGAUAAUAAUACGUCGAGUAGUAAUAAUAGUUCGACUAGUAACUCGAUAAUAACAGAUGAUAUCAAACAGGAGGAAUGUUGUUAUUCAACGUAUGACAAUAAUAUUCGAUCGUUGCGAAUGAAUGAUGGUAUCGAGGAACGAACGAAAUGUUUCAGUGAAAAUAAUUCUCAGAUAGAGGAAGGAGCACUUUGGGAAAUCCCUGAAGAAGUCGUUUGCCGUUGGGCAGCAGAAAUUCUUUUAGCGCUCGAAGCAUUGCACCAACAAGGAGUUAUAAUAUUCGAUUUGAAGCCGGAAAAGAUAUUAUUGGACGAGCAUGGUCGUGCAACGUUAACAUAUAUUGUACCAUAUCGUAACGGCGAAUUAACAAAAAUAAGAGAACAAGAAUAUUCGUCUCCGGAGUUGUAUAUGUUUUCACCUACUACUUGUACAUCACCGGCUACGGACAUUUGGAAUUAUGGAAUCAUUUUGUACGAGUUACUUACAGGCAUUAAGUUUAGAUCUAUACACGGCGAACCGUUUCGUUCUCACUCCGUCGUAAGCGUACCUAAUAAAUUGUCGGAUAAUGCCAGAUCUUUACUCUUAAACAUUCUCAAGUAUGAGCCGGAAGAACGAUUAACGAUAUCGGACAUCAAGAAGCAUUACUUUUUUGAAAAGAUCGAUUGGUCGACCAUGGUAUAUUCUAAUACGAUAUAAUGAAGGAAAAGACCGGGGUCUUUUGAAACGAUUUAAUGAAUUUUGUUAUUAAAUCUAACGUCCGCUUUAAAGACGGAGGGAAUUACAACAGUAGUGUUAGAGAAAGAAGGAGAAUUACUGAAAAAAGCAAGAAAAUGUAAAAAUAUGCGCUCUUUAAUAUAUUAUUUACUUUGAUCUAGAUUUCUCUGUUCUAGUAACCGUUGACAUCCCGUCAAUGAAUCUGGUUGUAAAUAAUACAUUAGCAUUAUUGAACAUACCAUCUUUUAAUGAUACAACAAUAAACUGUGAAUGUUUAAAGUGUC